GAACAGUGUUGCUUGUGUGCAGCGAUGGCUCGUACAAAGCAGACGGCGCGCAAGUCGACCGGCGGGAAGGCGCCCCGCAAGCAGCUGGCCACCAAGGCGGCCCGCAAGAGCGCGCCGGCCACGGGCGGCGUGAAGAAGCCGCACCGGUACCGGCCCGGCACGGUGGCGCUGCGCGAGAUCCGGCGCUACCAGAAGUCGACGGAGCUGCUGAUCCGCAAGCUGCCCUUCCAGCGGCUGGUGCGCGAGAUCGCGCAGGACUUCAAGACCGACCUGCGCUUCCAGAGCUCGGCCGUGAUGGCGCUGCAGGAGGCGAGCGAGGCCUACUUGGUGGGGCUGUUCGAGGACACCAACCUGUGCGCCAUCCACGCCAAGCGGGUCACCAUCAUGCCCAAGGACAUCCAGCUGGCCCGGCGCAUCCGCGGCGAGCGUGCCUGAGCUUCCUGCCGCAGCCUCUUCCCUGUUCGUCAGACACCGAGAGCAGCCCACACAGAACCAAAGGCUCUUUUAAGAGCCACUACAUAAACACUAAAAGGGCUGUAAUGCUUUCAGAAUAGGUAUAUCAAGUGUGUCUAACAAAUUGAGUAACAUGACCUUAAAAAUGCUUUCAUCCACGUUUUCAAGGCAAAAUAAAUCUGAGCUCUUGCAUUCCUAACCUACACAUACAUAGAUUGACUCGAUUCGGUCGAGUUUCCUUUUUUGCAAUAAUACAACGUCAAAAUACAUUGAUU